AUGGCGGGAGAAAAAGUAAAGCUGGGUACGCAGAUGAAGGAUUUCAUCAACCUGGGAAAGAAAAUCUUCCAGGACAAAGAAGUCAGCGACUACGAUCAACUUCUCGACGAUAAGAAAGAGUUGGAAGAGAAGCUAGAAGCUAAGAACCAGGAGUUUGACGCCAAGGUCGAAGAGGUUGCUGCUUUGCAAGCAGCUGCAGAUGAGAGAGUAGCAAAGGCGGAUGCCAAGACUGAAAGCUUAUUUGAGGAGUUCCAAAAGAGGUAUAAGGAAUGGGAUGUGGCGACAAGCAAAGAGUCGAACCUGGAAAGUCAAGUCGCUGAGCUGAAGGAGGAGUUGAAGCAAGCGAACACAAAGGCCGAGAAUGCUGAAGCCUCAAUGAUUAUGCUGCAGGACAAAUUGUUUGCCCGUCAGAAUGCCCUUGCCGAGAUGGAAAAAGACUUGAACUUGUUGAAAAAAGAGUUGAGCAGUAGGAACAGAGAGUUGAAGGGAACGUUAGGGGAGCUUCAAGUCAGUCAAGCUCAGAUGGAGAGACACAGAAUCGAAAUAGGGCUGGAGUACCCACAUAUGGAAGACCUCGCGAACAACUUUCGAAACCUAUCGGACGGUUGUCAUAGGAUGGCAAAGAGAUUCUUUUGCACCGAGCUACCUUCAGAGUUCUUGGCAAACGACCCAUGGAAGCAACUUGAACCCUUCAUCAAGCUUGCUCCACGAAGGAUACCCAUGUCGAAUUCCAUGGCUGCGCGGUGCCUUAGGAUGGCGACUGCAGAGAGAAUCAUAGCAGACAAGCUAUGUGCCGAUAUGUUUCGACAGUAUUAUCUACCUCACUCAACACCAGCUCGCGAACUCAUCGAUGACAUAACAAGACGCCUUCACAAAAAGAACCCUUUCAAGGAAGCUGUCUUUCGCUUGCAAUUGCUUGCCGCUUACGAGCUUGACGAGCAGAGUUUUACUGCAAGUCUCAUCAAGUUCGCAACAGACGAUGUUCUCAAGGUUCUUGAUCCUCUCCUCAUAGCUUUGGGUACAAAAGAUGAGUUCCAAGCCGCAUUGGCAAAGUUAUUUGAAGAAGCCGUCAAGCUUUGGAAGUUGGUCCAGCGAAGUGAGGCGAAGGCUUGGGUGACCAAUGAUCCUGAAUAUGGUCGGCACAACGAUGAUCAAGAUGGAUGGGACCAGAAUGAAGAAUACGAUACUGCAGUGGGAUUGACGAAUGAGCAGAUGUCUCAUAUUCCUGACCAGGUUGAACCUAUAAUGUCCCUGUUUCCCCAAGUGUCGAUCGGAAAGGAAGUGAUCUGUCCUGGUUGCGCUCUCUGGUCAGACCAGAACACGGUGGUCGCUGCCAGCAUAGAGUUUGGUCAGACAAACUCACGCACUGCACUUCAAGGUCGAUGGAUGACUCGCAGAGAUUCUGAACGACGAAGACUGAGUUCUGGUGGUUCGCCAAGGAAGGCAGAGGACUUUUCAAAGCCGCCAUUAAGUCCAUCGGCAGCUUAUCAUUCGUUCCUCGAGCGUGCUGACAGUCGUCCUGGAAGUAGGAGGCCAUCACCACCUAUCCGCAAAGCAACGCCGCCAGUUUCUCCUCCUGCGUCACCACCGGCGUUGCAGCCCAUCGAGGUUGGUGGGGAUUGA